AUGCUGAGUAAGCUUGCAUUGACCAAGGCUGGGCCAAAGAAGAUGGUUUGGCUGGCAAUCAGGAACUUCGGACAUGGUCCUUAUAACCCAUUGCAUUAUAAGCAUGCUAUGAUUCCAGAGAAGUUGCCGACUACUGAGGAUAUGUAUGCUAAUAUUAAGACCUUCCAUUCUGAGCCACCUCCUCCAAUUUACAAUAUGAGGUACUUGCAUCCAGUCAGGCAGUCUGGACCAAUCCCUCCUUAUGAUGGUGCUUGGACAAUGGAAGAUGUCAAGAAAAUUUGUGCUAACAUGAGUGUUCCAUAUGAUCACUGUGCUUAAUCA